UUCGCAAAUUGCACGACUGAAUUCAGUUGUAUCGCUUUCGUCAAGGAAGAAGAGGACAACAACCACACACAACGACAAGCAGCAGACUUGCGUUUGGGGAUCGCAACAGAACGAACAGCAGCACACCGCAGCACACACACGACGCUGUUCCUGUGAACUGGCAAAGUGUGCUCGUGGACGGAGAGCGGGGUCGCUGUGCGAGUUGUGAGCAUUUGAGGGCUUGUGUGUUGCAUGGUGUUGCGGGUGUUACGCGUGCGUGAGAAGGUGGUGGUGGCACACAGCAGAGAGCCAUGGGCGAUGGAGUGCCCCAUGCCCGCUACCGUGAGGUGCGCAAGCUCGGGCACGGCAACUUUGGCGCAGCAUGGCUUGUUCAGGACCUGCAGUGCGAUCGAGACUGGAAAGUGCUGAAGCGAGUGUACAUCGGGACACUCAAGGAAAGCGACUCUGCGGGGGCACUGAGAGAGGCCAAGCUGCUGAGUCAGCUGGAGCACCCGAACAUCCUGCGGUUCCACGACAGCUUCAUCGACAAGGACUUUGUGUGCAUUGUCACGGAGUACUGUGAGGGCGGCGACCUGGCAGACAAGAUUGAGGCUGUAAAGCAGGAAGGCGGUGUGAUCCAGCAGCAGCAGGUCCUGGACUGGUUUGUCCAGCUCACCAUGGCCCUCAAGUACCUGCACGAGAGGGGAGUGCUGCACCGGGACCUCAAGUCGAAGAACGUGUUCCUGAAGAGGGGUGUCAUCAAGCUUGGGGACUUUGGGAUUGCGCGCGUGUUGAUGGGGACAACGGACGAGGCGACGACAUUCGCAGGGACGCCAUAUUACAUGUCGCCGGAAGCGUUACAGGGUGUUGGCUACAACGACAAGAGCGACAUCUGGGCCCUCGGGUGCAUCCUGUAUGAGAUGUGCACCCUCAAGCACGCAUUCGACGGCGCGGGACUGCUGAGCCUGUUGUAUCAGAUCUGCGAGGGCGAUGUGCCCCAGAUUCCGGACCACUACGACAAGGAACUCAAGCAGCUGUCGAGUUGGCUGUGGCAGCGGGACCCGGCAAAGCGCCCGAGCGCCGUCGCCAUCCUCAACACCGCGCUCGUCCGCGCACACAUGUACAAGUGGCAGUUCCGCCUCUCAAAACGCUCCCACCGCAGCAUCGACGAGGAGCGCGAGCGCAUUCGCUCACAGGUCGGACACACGAAGCGCCACCACAGCCAACACAGCCGGCAACAACAGCAGCAACAACAGCGCCACCCGCCUGCUGGACCGCAGGGAUCGCUGUCCCAUGAGCAGUGGGGAACCGACACCCCCCCGCACGGGCCGAGGAUUGCGUCAGGUGCGCAGCGACAACACCACCACUAUCAACAACAACAACAACAACAACAGCAGCAGCAGCAGCAGCAGCAGUGUGUGAACGGCGUGAUGUCAUCCCCAACGGCACAUCUUUCCUCCUCCUCCUCUUCCUCCUCGCCCCGAACGCCAAGUGCAACAGCAGCAGCAACAGGUGGAGGGAUACUGGCAAAGGAUGAGAAGCAUUUAACCCCUCGCGAGCGCAUGAAACUUCGGAAACUCCGCGCAUCGGAACAACGCGCAGCACAGCUCAAGCAGGCGGCGAUGAAGCAGCGACGGGAGAAUCAAACGCGCCAGCAGCACACGCGCGACCAUCUCCAGUCGUCAAACCUCGCACACGCCCUCUACGGCAACGACGCGCCCACGUUUCUGUCUUCCACGAUGAGGGCCCGGCGUUCGGACACGAGCUUGCAGUCGCCGCAGGCGCAUGACGCAAUGAUGGACCACGAUGGACCACAGGUGGGCGAAGCUGACACGGCAUCCACCGUGAUUAGGCCAGAAGCAACCAUUGUCGCCCAACACCAGCCAUACGACAUGGACGCCACGAUCACUGCAUCCCAUCCGCCCCCGCUCUCAAAGGCAGAGUCAGAGCUGGACGAGUUUGAGCUCGUUGCGGCGAACGCGGCGGCGUUCCUGGCGGCGUCACAGCGCAACGAAGACGCGCUCGCAGCAGCAAUCGGCAGCAGCACUGACACCAUGGGCCCACACCACGAGGGCAAGAACAGCAAGAACGCCCACAACGACAACAGUCACAACGGCGACAACAGUGGCCGUGUUCAGGUGAACGACAGCUUCUCCAACACUGGGACCAUCAUCCACACGUCAGACGAUAACACGCAUCCCAGCAUGCCUCCACACGAGCACCAACAGGAACAGCAGCAGCAGCGCGCAUCACCGCCUGUGCCUGCCCUCCGCGCAACCCAACAACUGCACCACCAGCACCACCUCCACCAGCAGCAGCAGCAUCACCCUGUAGAAGAAGAGGAGUGGGCAGAUGAUCGUGCCGUUCACCCGACAGCGCAAUACCCAACCAGCAACCAAGCAUCAUCGCCCCCACAGCCGCGCCAACACCAGCACCACUCACAACACCCCCAACACCAACACCAGCAACAACCACCCACCACCAGCGUCACUGCACCGUCACCGCCCACCACCACCACCACCACCACGACGACGACGACGGAUACGGGUGUGUCCUCCGGUGUCAAACAGGACUCGCGGUCCACAUCUCCGCGGUCGUCGCGUGCGGGGACGGGGCGAUCGCGACUGCCACGUGCCGCCGGCCCGCACUGGAGCCGCCAGGCAUCACAGAAGAGCAUGGCCAGUGUUGGCAGCGGCAUCAGCGGUGUCAGCGAUGGCAGUGAUGGGCUGUACACGGGCCGCAGCCGCAGUGCAAGCAUGAAGGCAGCAGCAGCAACAACAACAGCAGCAGCAGCAGCAACAGCGAACGCAUCGUCGCCAUCAUCGUCUGCACCUGUGAGGGGAAGACGCCACCUCACGCGCACACGCGCACAUGAUGCGGACGAUGGAGUUGAUGUUGAUGUUGAUGACGGUGGUGAUGAUGGUGUUCGCAGCGGUCAUGAUGGUGACAGCGGUGUGGGCACGGCGCGGCGUGGAUGCAGCCACAGUCCACCGAGCCCCACGCUGCUCAGUAUGACAACGCCCGUCACACCGAUGCUGUCCACCCCUGCCACCCGCAGCCCGUCUGCCUCAUCGCGGCGUGGUGGUGGGCGGCGGGGGCGCAACGAUGCUGCCACUGCUGCUGUGCGCAGUCACCGCCACCAAUACGGACAUGAUGGUGAUGGUGGUCGUGUCGGCAGCGGCGUUGGUGGUCGAGAGCGCAGUGCGUCUGGGCGCGUACGGAGUGACGAGGUGGGCAGCGCGACGCUGAACAUUGCGACGCUGCUGCGACGGGCAGACAACAGCCGGAGACGGCACGAGCAGGAGAAGGAGAAGGAGAGGGAGAAGGAAAAGCUGUCACACAGCGCGCCCAUUGACUUUGCAUCGUGGCACGGCGCACUGUCGGACGAUGGUGACUAUCAACAUGUUGAGGAGGUGGAGGAGGACCUGGUAGGGGAGGAUGAAGCACAUGAUGAAGCGUGCAGCAGCAGACACAACAGCGCGAGCAGGAGGAGGGGAGCGGAACAGACGCCUGCUGUGAGCGGUGGCCGGAGGCGGCGUGUGUCGGAUGGUGAUGGCAAGUACAUGGACACGCUCGCCGCACGCAGCGGUGCAUCUGCAUAUGGGCACGACAACGGCGACGAUGACGAUGAUGAUGAUGAUGACAUCCACGACACGAUGCUGGACGAGAGCUACGAGCUGCGAGCUCACAUGAGCGGCAGAGAUCGGAAGGGCAUGCGCGAUGGUGAUGGCAGCACAACACCAACAACAUCACGACACCAUCAGCAGCAGCAGCAGCAGCAGCAACAGCAACACUGGCUCAACCGCAGUGGGAACGGCCGACGCAGACAGCAUCAGCACACCAGCUCCACGUCACGCCAUCACGAGCAUGGGACUGGUCUUGGUGAUCGUGGGGAGGGUGGGAAGCCAUCGCUGCUGGAUAUGCCGCCGCGUCGCCGCCCCCGCAGCGGCCGCCGCUCGCUGCACCGUGGAUCGCCCUCCACGUCCUCCCCAGCACUCUUCGAUUCAGACGUUGCAGACCUGGAGAAGAUGUAUUUGGACUCGGCGGACUUUGAGUCUGAUGGUGAUGAUGAUGAUGAUGACACGAGCACCCGCUAUGAUGACACGUGGGAUGGGUCCAUGACGCAGGAACUCAAAGAACUUCAGACAUACAUGCGCGGCGUGAUGGCAACGACGCAGCAAGAAGAGUCUGCCGCUGAGAAGAGCAGGCCGGCGGAGGUGCAAGAUCCGGAACCGCUGCGGACACAGCGCAUGGCGACGUUGCGCAAGGAGGGCCAGCGGCUGCUUGGCUCGCAGUUCUUCCCCGUGUACGAGUACAUCAAGAAGGCGCGCGAGGACAAGGUGCCGGAAGCCGAGUUCAAGCGCACGCUGGAGACGAUGGCCGAGUACCGCGACUGCUUUGUUGUUGAUCAGCUCGUGUACCUCGAGCACUUUUCUUGAUCACGGGCGAGUGGAGAGCGUGGCAUGGGGUGUGGUGUAUGGUAGGAUGUGUGUGGGAUGUCGUGACAGUCGAAGUGGCUUCACUUUUUCUUUGGCUGACUAUUGUGUAUGAGAUUCGAUGUUGUAUUAAUAGAGGUUUUGUGUGCAUGCUGUUUAUUAUCCAUGCAUGGAAUCUAUUUGUCUUUGGCGUGUUAUUUUUUUCCGUUCAACGAACAAAAGCGAAAGCAACAACCAACCGACAAAGAAGAAGCAAAAGCUGCCG